UUUUGAAGGAGAGGUAUAUCAUCAUAGAAUAGGACCAACAUCUGGAAAUCAUGUUAUGUUAGAGGUAUACCAUAUAAAAAGUUGUCUAUGUAGAAUUAUAUUGAAAACAACUGAAGUUUAAUGGUAUAAUGGUCAAACAGGUCAAUGGAAAUUAUUACAUAUUUAACUAAAAAUAGACAUUUUUAAAUGUCUUAAAAGAAAUAGAAACACUUUCCGUGUUUCGAUACUCGAAAUAAAGUGGGAAAACUUUCCACUGCUAUUAACGAGCUUAAGCAAGCGACGUUUUUGACAACACGGACGUCAGAUCGCCGAGAUGGACUGGAUUAAAAUGUUUAAUUUAACCAGUUUAUGGUAACCUUCAACACAUAUAUAUGAGUAAUAUGACAGAACUUAACUAGGUUUUUAAAGUUUUUUUCUUCCUUAUAUACGAGGGCUAUGAUGCAAAAUGCCGCCAAAAUGAAACGCGUGUUGACAAAAACGUCGCUUGCUUCAGCUCACUAUUUCUCGUUCUGUAGCUGUAUAGAAACAUUUAUCGAUUAAUUUACAAAUUCCCAUUACCUAUAUAGCAUAAAGUCCACCCCAGGUUGCCAUUUGCUCAUCAAUUUCACCACCAGCACUGCAAAAAACCUGCGUAUUUUGGUUCAAAAAACUUGAGUUGAAUAAUGUACCCAUAGUAACUCAAAUUUAUGAGCAAAUUUAUUUCUUUUUUUGUAAAAGUGAAUCAUUACUCAAAAAAUGAGUAAAUUUGCUCAUAAAUGUUGUCAAGUUUUCGGUCAAAAUACUAAAGGUCUUUUUGCAGUGAAAUAUUCAGGUUCUGCUGCGUUAAUUGAGCUGGGGAUUGCCUUAAUUUCUUCAGUCUAUGGAUCCUUAAUUUUGUUUUCAAAACUGCAUAUUAUUACACAAUUUUCCGUGCUUCCAUGCAGUUAUUAUUAUACGCUUCUCAACGUACACGCGUACUAUAAAAUUAUAUUAUAAAAAAAGAAAACAUUUUCAGACAUUCAUUUUUGGAUCAUUUACGUGAACGUAAAAUUAUUACGAAUAUAUAAUGUCAGGAACUUUUCUUGCAUUUACCUUUUAUAUAUCUAAAGUAUUAUUGUGUUUAUACUAUCCAAUUCAAUCAUUGUACCACAUGCAGGCAUAUUAAUAUUAUGUGAAAUCUCAUACAUAUCACACACACAUGCGUUUUUGGCUUUAAAUAUGUUUUGAGUACAAAAUUUAUAGUAAUAAAAACAUUUUUGUUUAUUUUAGUCAACCCAGAAAGAAUUUCAAUCAUUGGAACAAUUGGUCCAACAUUACAUGACACCUACUGAAGAAUUCAUGUACCCACUUACUGUGGCUAUUUACCCAUCUUGUAAGUAUACACUAUACAAAUUAUUCAAUGAAAUCAAUAAUUAUACAGAAAAUACUAUAUAGCUAUAGUAAAACAGCCGAUGUGAAUAACACAGCAUGAGCUCCACCUUUGAAUGCACUAUAUGAGUAAAUUGUUAAACACGUCCGAAUUUAUCAUUAUGAUAAAUUCGCGGCACCUAACCCCUAACACUAACCCCAACUCUAACCACUAGCCCCUAACCCCUAACCACUAACACCUAACCCUAAUCCAGUUAAAUUGUUUGAAAAUCUAACUUUUUAAACUUUUUUAAACUUUUUUUUUUGAAAAUCUUGAAAAUUUAUAUAUAUAUAUAUAUAUAUAUAUAUAUAUAUAUAUAUAUAUAUAUAUAUAUAUAUAUAUAUAUAUAUAUAUAUAUAUAUAUAUAUAUAUAUACUCAUGAGUCCCCGAGGGAGGAUCGAACCCGAUCGAGACUUCUUAGACUCUAGAUAAGCGCGCUAACCAACUAUAUUUGCCGUUUUGAAAUAAUUCUCAGUGGUUCAACAGCUGAAUGAUAACAGUCAAAACUGGAAAUCGAGUAUCCCUUCUUCAUCAUCAUCGCUGUAUGUCGACCGGAAACAGCUAGGUCCAAUCCUGCGUACACAGAUUCCAAAACCAAUUGUUUCUCCAAAGCCAGUCAUGAAGGCUCCAGUUGCUGCUAUGCCAAGUUCACCACCAAUGCCAUCACCAUUACCAUCACCAUCUUCGUCCACUGGUGAUGACGGUUGGUAUAAAUUAUGUAAUAGACAUACUGUAGGUUUGGAAAUUUAUUACCUUUGAUUUGUAGUCAGCUUGUAUAUUCCGUACAGUUCUCGGAUACAACAUUUGUUCUUGGCGUUGCUCGUUUCUAAUUCACAGCUUACAUUUUUAGUACAUAAAUUUUCACAAUAUUUGAUUUAUAUAAAAGCAUUUGCAUAAAUAAAGAAUUUGCAGAAUAAAGAAUUUUAUACCUUCGCAUGAUCCUUGAAUUUUAAAAAUAAUUUAAAUAAAAUAUUAUGGAAAAAGAUGAAAGUCUUGAAGAAUUAAACUUUACAUCUGAAAAAAGGGAUAUUGCAUGCCAUGAUCUGGCGUCCGCGUCCACAGCAGAUGAUAAGGUGAAUGUUAAGAUUCUAUAGCUACUUUUAGAGGGGGUGGGCGGUCAGCGUUAAGGUGCUAAAGUUUAUUUAGUAUAGGAAAUUACCCGGUUCGAGAAGUAUUUAGUGCGCGUGUUUGGCGAAAUAUUUAUAACAGAUAUACUGCGAGGGCGUAGCAAGAGCGGUAGUAUAAUUAUUUCGCCAAACACAAGUGUGAUUUUUCAUUAAUACUUUGAGAACAAGUGUAAUUUCGUAUUAAUAUUUUUUUUAGUCAAUUUUACCCUUGAUAUGAUAAUCACAAUAUUAUGGUGAAAGGGUUUGCUUCAUAGAGCCAGUGUUAAAGCGUUUAUUAAUUAGCCUAAAAUGAUAUUUUCAGUGUUGCAGUAUUUCGUGUAGAUUUCUCCAUUCACGAAAAAGUAUUGCCUUCCUGAAAGCAAUAAUGUUUUAUAGAUUACUGGCCAUCUCCACCACCGUCGAUAAGCACGAAACCGGUUGGACCAGCAGUUAAACCAAAGCCGCGUGCGAAAUCAGUACGGAGAACACGUAAGUUUAUUCACCAGGGGCCGGUUGUAUAAAACUCUUAUUUUUAAGACUAUAAUUUUUAACUAUACGUUUUGUAGUAAAGUAGUGGUUAACUUUAACCAUGUAGUUAAGUCGGUUGUAUAAAAAUGCAGUUAGCGUUAAUAACUGCAGUUAAAAAGUAGUUAAAGUUAACUAUGCUUUAGGAUAUUGUUAAUUUAACUUCUCAAAACGUAGUUAAAAAUGGCGCUUGUGCAGGAGUGAACAACAUUUUUCAGUAAAGCAAUAAUGAAAAGCGACGCUUACCUGGGAUUUUCAAUCGCUAUCUUCCCUGUGAAUGUUUUCUGACAAUGUAAAACUCUUCAGACGGUUUGCAUGUAGGGCCAUCUCGAGGAAAAACUGUUUUCUUCUUUGAUUUUUCCCUGUUUUCUUGUUUAUUUUUCACUAUUUUGAAUAAAAUUCCCGCCUAUUUGCAAAAUGCGAGUCCACCAUCACGUUAAAAAUGCUUGUCAGCAGUCGUUAAUCACGACUUACUUCAUGUUAUUUCGUGCUUAAACUCCACACGCAAGCCCCACGCACAGUUAACUAAGUGAUUAGUUAACUAUCCGACUAACUACGUUUUGUGCAACGCAGUUGCAAGUCAUGUAGUUAACUAACUAUACAGUUAAUGGAUUUAAGAUGAUUCAUCAGUAAUUGUUCUGGGAAUGAGAAUUUGCUAAACUUCCCAGGGGAGGGAAGUUUAUGAACAGUGAUACCCCAUAUAGCAACGGAAGUAAUUAGUAUGCAAAACGCAAUGACGUCACAACUGCGUCGCGUUACCAAGUUGCGUUACCAUUAGGUUGCGUUACAUGGUUACGUUACCGGUCACAGAAUUCAGUGACGUUACCAUACGUCACUUUAGGUUACGUUACCAAGUCGCGUUACCGAUUUACAUCACAAUAGAAUAACGUUACCAAGUCACGUUAUGUUAUCGGCGUGGCUUUGCGGACAUAAACUUGCACAAGAAUUUAGAUUUAAAACAUAAUAGCGAAUGCGACGCUUUACCAUUGCAAAUAAUAUAAAGUUUCUCAAAGAUAUAGCACGCUGCUUAGGUAACUUAACGAAAUGGGGUAAAACGAUGGUUUUACAAGCAUAUUUUCAAAAUAAAGUUUCAAAUAUAUAGUUUGUAUUGCUAGAAACAACUGCGUUAGAAAUAUCAAUAUUGUUAGGUCAUCCCCACACGUAAAACACAAAGGUUGAGGUGUAAUAAUGGAUUAAGGCAAUACGAAUUUUACAUAACACCAGACGAUACGUUGAGGAGGUGGACUUCUGUGCAUUCUCCAGGAGAGUUUUCACCCACACAGUCUUACCGCUUUGUGUACACCCAGCUAUGAUGCAAGUAAUGGGUGCUGCAUAACUGUAACUCCAUUCACCGUAAGUGCUUGUUGCCCAAGAUUACGAUUUCCAUACGCAAGGACAACCUUCUUGUGUCAUUUAUUCUGUUUGUUAUAUUAUAGUUCAUGAAUAUUAAGACUAUAAUCCUAAUUAAGACGCUAUAGUCAUGAUUAUCAAGACUAUUGUCAUGACUAUCAAGACUAUAAUCAUGACUAUCAAGACUAUACUCAUGACUCUUAAGACUAUAGUCAUGACUAUGAAGACUAUAGUCAUGAUUAUAAAAACCCUUAUUGAAUUCUGAUCGUUUAAUUGGCUGUUUAUGGUCACGUGAUAUUGAAUAGAAAAUCCAUUUCCCAAGAGUGCAAUGGAAUACGUUCCAUUGCACUCUUUGCGAGUGCAAUUGUACUAAACGUUUUAUUCCAUUACACUAUUUGUCUUUUCGAUAAAUUGCAUCCGUCAAAAACAUUCAGUUUCUGUUAUAUUUGUGUGUAUUUAUUUUAAUAUUAAAUGGUGUUUUAAUAAACUGUUCUUGAAAAAGCAAUAUUAGUCUAUUUUGGUAUUAUAUAAAACAAAUAAUGAAUGUUUUUAUUCGUGCAAUGGUGAGAGUUGAAUGGAACAUUCCAUCUUUCACCUCAUGAAAAUAUUCUUACCAUUGCACUCAUAAACAUUCAUUAUUUGUGUACAAUUAAAGCUAUAGUCAUGACUAUCAAGACUAUAGUCAUGACUAUUAAGACUAUAGUCAUGACUAUCAAGACUAUAGUCAUGACUAUUAAGACCAUACGACUCUGGCUCUGUGAUUACAAGCCUAUAUUCACUUCGCCUUCCGCUCAGUGAAUAUAGGCUUAUAAUCACCUCGCCUUCGGCGACUAAUUGUUAAAUAGUAUAAAUUUCCAGGUGUUUACAAAUAAUAAUCAACACAACUUUAUAAAAAUUCACUUCAAAUUUAUUAUUUUAAUUAAUAACAUUGUUAAAUAUGCAUAAGGAAGUACGUCACGGCCGAACAUGCGCGUGCGACUCAUCAUUUUUCGAAGCUUGUCGUCUUGUCAACAGUUCAAAUUACAAGUUAACAGUUGGCUCAAAUAUUGCCGUAUAAAUCAAACAGAAAUGUACUGUUAUUAAUAAAUCAUUGUCAACGAGUGUUCAUAUUUACAUUAAAUGUAAACUGGCAAUUGUUAAAUGACCCAGAUGGCACAAUUGACCCCGAAUUCAAGCCAAGCGACGUGAAAAAGUUUUCGAGUUCAGUCGACUGCAAAUUUUGGCAGGAUGAAGGCGUUGAUGUGUUUGAAAUUAGUGUUAAGAUCGUGGCAGAAUGCCCGUGUUUUUCUUUCGACAAAUCGAGAGAUUGGCUUCGAGAUUCUGGACUUCUGUCGCUGUGGAUAAAUUAUGUUAACGCCGUUGAUAUUUCCUUGAAUUGGCCAAUUGUUGGUCGUUCGCAAUAGCUUUCAAUGCUGGAAUCGCUCUUGUUCCCCGUGAUUGCUUUCAUUUGCCGAGUCUCGAUGUUGCUGCCGGACAAAACUGUCACGGUUGUCGCUCGUAAGGAAUGGUGGGUUAGAUAUGGUGUUAUUCCAGCCCUUUCGGUCAUCUUUCGCGGCAUAUUUUCGAGCGUGUUGUGGCCAACGUUACCGAAGCGUCGUACCAGACUUCGUGAACUUUUGGGUUGAAUUUCGCCGAGCUCUCGCUUUUUGGCCUUUGGAAUGACGCGGAAAUAUUUGGAUUAAGAUGAAUCAAGUAGGUUUUAAGGAUUUCGACAGGGCAACGUUUAGAACCGGGUUGCGAAAAUAUUUUGCCGUCGGAGUGAUCUUCGGAGCCAUCUAGACCUCCUGUGUGAUCUUUGCUCGUGAGAACAGCGCCGGGUUCGCUUCUGUUCAACUCAAAGCACUCUUGGCCGUCUGCGGUUUUGACUUGACGUAGCAUUGACUUCUUCAAUGAACUUUGAUUUUCUCUGCCACGUUUUCUGAAAUAGGUAGAAAUUUGAAACCAAGCCGUUUGAAGCAAAGCCCGAGGACUCUGUGUAUCGACAUCAGCAAGCUCGCGUUUUUCAUACAGCUUCUUGAUUAUGUCGGCUGUCAAACUGACUUUGUGUACUGUGGCUGCUAUCUUUCCAUUCUUCACGAGCUGCUUCAGGUAUGAACUAAGAGUUUUAUUUGCUUCGCUGAACAACACGGUGUCGCAUAUUGAAAAUCUUUUGUCGUAAGGCGGUGCUUUCAAGUGGCGAUCAAGCGCUGCUCUUAUGGACAACAAACUAGUUUUUUUUGUAGUAAUUUCCGUCUUGCUUUCUUGCUGAGACGUAAAACUUGGAAAGACACUAUUCAUUUCCUCAGUACUCAUGCAUUCAAAUGCUAUUGUAAAUUCAGCUUGGUCUUGAAACCACUCUAUUAAAUAAACGAAGUUUUUAUGUUUAUUUUCACAAUAAAUAGUUUGUUUACAUAAUUUGAAUCUCAGACACGGCUCUGUGUCGCGUUGCGACGAAGCCAGUUUUUUCCAAAUAAAAGCGCGUAAAGUUUAAUAUUUUACCUUGAAAUAUUUUUAAACCACAUUUUGUAGCUUGUUUGGGUUUUUCGGAAUGCUAUCUUCUUUAAUUUGGGCAAUUUCCUCUUCUGUUACUACGACAAAACGAGCAGCCAUUUUGAAAAGCAGCAAAAAGCUAUAGUCACUGACCAGUGACUAUAUCACUUCAGAGACAAUGAAUCUUGACCAAUCAGAAUGCAGGAAAAUCAAUAGUUACCUGGAAAUUUGUGCUAAUAAUACUAUAGUCAUGACUAUCAAGACUAUAGUCCUGACUAUUAAGACUAUAGUCAUGACUAUCAAGGCUAUAGUCAUGACUAUUAAGAUUAAGAUUAAUUAUGUACUUCUCAUCUAACUCAAUAGCAAGCUCUUCUUCUUGUGCAUCCGCUGAGCAAAUUCGAUGCUUGUGUCAUUGUAUAGAAAAAUUCACAUACUCUAAAGAAACGAAGGACAAACUCAGACAUUUCAAACAAGAUCUAGCUGAUUUAACGGACAGAAGUAGAAGUUUUAGAACGAAAAAGGAAAUUCUUGUUCGGCGAGGAAGUGGCGUUCUAGGAUUGGUACUUGGACCACUUUUAAAAGGCCUUGCAUUAGUAGAAAAUAAUUAGCAUUAAGGUCAUCUCCUCAUUCCAAUCAUGGAUAGCGACAGACUAUCAUCUCCUGAACAAUGGAGACUUAAAGACACUCUUAAAUAUCUACACGUUGAUGAUGAGCACGGAGCCAAAGAAAUCCUUCAUUCUAUUUUAACGUCUACGGGGAUUUUAACUUUGAAUGGAAAAGGAGAAAUCGUUUACUGAGGACAUAAUAUACGAGGAACUGACAUUGUAGACCUUCUGAAAUAUUGUGUGACGCCUUAUCAUCCAGAUAUUCCCAAACCAAAUGGAUUGAGCAUAUAGUUUACAAAAGGCCUUGCAGAAUUGGAAAUUGAUAAAAGCCUAUUCGUAAGUGGACGUGUCCUCACUGUGUUAGCCCACAAGUGGUCGCGUCAGAAUACACAAUCUGAGGAUGUUGCUGACACAACUUGCAACAGUUGUCACAAAAAUAUAUACAUCUCCCAUUUGAGUACAUGCACUGUAUGUGCAUGGACAGACUUUUACCCGAAUUGUAGGAGGUGCCACUCUAUCAUCUGUGAUUUUCGAGUGUCCAAAGGCGAUUUUACGCAUGUACUUACCAGCUAUCCACAUUGUCGCUGAUAUGAAAUUAUGGAUGUCAGAACGGAUGAAAGACAAUCUUUUGACCAUAAAAUAGGUGAACAAAGUGAUAUUUGAUUAGUUCACUGUGCAAAGUUAAACUGAAUACAUCAUGCCCUCCAUUCAAACAUGCUAUCCCUCUAUUCAAACAAGGUGCUAAAGUUGUUGGCAAAAGAGCAUUACAAGCUGCAACAGAAGUCGAUCAAAAUGUACUCCAAGGAAGAGAAUCUGUAAAGACUCACGGAGGAGAGGUUGUUAAAGACUUUACCGAACAAGGAGCAAAGUCCCUACUACAUCAGGUAGGGCGCGGAAGCAAGAGAAGGCAAGGCCAACGUAGUAAUUUAUCAACUGGAAAGAGGCUAAAACUGUGUCUCAUAUAGCAGUCCCAAGACGUACCAAAUGGAUUACGGAAUUAAGAUGAAAGCAGCCACGACGAUGAAUCGGAUAGCGAAACUUCUCAAACAAGUGACGAUAUAUAUUAAAAGCAUAAUUUUGUGUCACCUUGUAAAGUUUCACAGCAUACCCCAAAAUUAUAAAUAUUCAAAACAAAUUAGUCACAAUCUUUGAAAGAGUUGCAGAAACAGGUCAUAGGGAUCGUCGAUAUGGACAGGCGUUACGCUCUUAGAAGUAGACCGCACUAAAUUUUGUAAAACGUUUUGAAGAAAUAAAUGUGUUUUAAAUCUAAAUUCUUGUGGAAACUUUUGCCCGCAAAGUCACGCUCCCGAUUAAGGUCUACGCCCGCAUAAUAAAUCUAUAAAUAUUGACUGUUCGCGUGAACAUGCCCACGGCCGCCCGUAAUAAUAUCCAUUUAUAUUCAUUAAGAUCCUAUUGGUUAUGCAAAUUCGUAUUGCCUUAAUCCCUUAAUUACCUCAACUUUUGUGCUUUACGUGUUGGGAUCACUUGACAAUGCUGCCAUCAGAAUAUUUAUAUUUCUAACGCAGUUGUUUCUAGCAAUACAAACUAUAUAUUUGAAAACCAUCGUUUUACGCCAUUUCGUUUAAAUUUACAUAAGCAGCGUGCUAUAUAUAUUAUUUGCAAUGGUAUUAUGUUUUAAAUCUAAAUUCUUUCCAAGUUUAUGUCGGCAAAGCCGCGCCAGUGACAUAACGUGACUUGGUAACGUUACUCUAUUGUGAUUUAAAUCGGUAACACGACUUGGUAACGUAACCUAAAGUGACGUAUGGUAACGUCACUGAAUUCUGUGACCGAUAACGUACCCAUGUAACGCAACCUAAUGGUAACGCAACUUGGUAACGCGACGCCGUUGUGACGUCAUUGGUUUUGCAUACAUAACUUCCGUUGCUAUAUGGGGGGGGGGGGGGGGGGGGUAUCACUACUUUUGUGAUGUGCUAGUAGCAAAAGCAGAAAAAAAUAUGGAGUAACCGAACUCGUUUGGAAGAUAUGACAAGUGCAAUAUGCCACCUUUUCCUCCAUAUGGCAACGUCUUGAUCCUUUUGCUAGUUACAUGAACAAUCGCAAUUGAGUUUACGAGUUACAGGAACAAUCGCAAUGUCUCUCUAGUGAUUAUAUGCAAGAAAACAUAGUAUUUUAGCGAAUCAAAAACCAUUAACGUGCAUUGUGGUGAUGCAAAGAUAUCUUUCCCAUCUUUUGGGAAGCAUGCGCGAAAAAUGUAAAAUAUUAUAAGUUGUAGAAAUGAUUUUUCUCUUAUUUUCUGAUAUGAUAUGACAUGUAAAACGUAUAGAAGAACAAAAAUAUAUAAUGAAAAAGUAGGGUCACGCACCUUCUUAAAGAGAUACAAGGAUUAAAUAUGUAACAUGAUCUGUUUUAGUGUUAGUGAGCCCUAGCCAGAGUUCUGUCGUUUUUUAUGGUAUGUAUCCUGAAGCACGCCUAAUCAAUGCAGAGUAGACAUGCGCAGUAAAAGUGCGCAAUGCAAAACUGAUGAAUCACCUUAACUACGGUAGUUAACGCUAACUGCAGUUAAAUCUAAAAAUGCUGUAAAAUGCUGUAAAGUCCGUAAUGUAAACAAACGCUUUUUUACAGUUUGUACUCAGUGCUACAGUUGUAAAAUAUGAUUAGAUAUAUAUAUAUUUAUACUGAAUUUUUAACACUCUUCUGGUUCGCUAUGCUUGUAAAUGGAUACAGACUAGAGAUUCAAUUCAAGAAGGUUCGGAAGGUGCGAAAUAUUAAUAACAUUCCAAUGGUCGGGUCCCGACCAUUGGACUGUAGGCCUGCGCAGAACUUAUACGGAGAACGGACUUUACAGCAUCUUUAAGGUAAUGUUUGGCAACAUUUUUUGUAAAAAAAUUAAGGAAGUGGUUAUUUGUCGCGACCGGAAAUUAAUGUGCUAACCACUAUUUGUCCGGCGCAACUAUUUUCUUGGUUCUUGUCAGCAUGCUAAAAUAACAUCAAUAAAUGUAUGUAAAUGAACCAAUCAGAUGAAUCGACGGACAAAUAUAGCCAAAGCUCGUUGGUUUCCUUGACCAGACAAAUAACAACUUCGAAAAACUAAUCAUGAGCAGAUCCUGUGCUUUUUGAGAUUAAAUUUAACUUUUGUAGGGAGUGACGCGUAUGAAUUGAAAAGUCAUAUUCAGGAUAGACCAUCUCAACCAAGUUCUACGCCAGAAGCGAGUUUUACAACGUUUGGUAUAAAACAAAUUACAGGCAAGUAGACUGGAUAAUAAUUAAAUGAUUUGAAAUGUAGGCAAUAGGACAAGUACUAGUGUAAGACAUUAUGUAUGGGCUAUAAAUUUAUCACCUGUAGGUUUCGUUUAGUUAUAUUCAAAUUAAAGAAAGUACAUGCGUGCAUCUGACACAAUUAUAAGGGAAAUGGCAACAAAAAGUAUGUUUGCCUAAUUUGAAAGAAUGUUAAUUUAAGAUUAUUAACAAAUAUUAUUGAUUAAGUGGCUUCCAGACAUUUAAAUAAAUUUUAAACACUCAUUAUAAUAAGUCAUAAGCUUUUUGGCGAAUCAUGUCAACCAUAAUAUGUCACAUGAAGUGGCUUUAAUUUAUACCUGAUAAAACACACUAUAUUUUUGUUUUUGAGAUAUUUAAAACCACAACAUAUCCUAGCUUCCGUCACCGAUUUAAUUAAUUAAAUGUAGUCACAACCAGGGUAGACAUUUAAAAAUUAAAAAUAUUAUCAAUUAAAAAUUUAAAAUUGGCAAUAGUAAAAAAUAGGAUUAGCAUUGGAAUGGCCUGAGGAUUGCUCAAUAUACAAAAAUAAUGUUAGCCUGGUUGUGACGUCACGCAUAUCCGACGAUGGUUAUGGGUAUCCAAGAUGGCGGAAUGCAUAGCGUUUUUGUUUGAAAUGUAAUAUCUUUUAUGUCAAGAAUGAUGCAGAAAAUCUGUUAAAAGGUUUUGAAAUACAUUGAAUCCCUCUUCCAAACGGGAGAAACUUAAUUUUUAUUGUUAUUUCCCUGUAACAUUUAAAUAUAGGUGGGAAAAGUCGAAGUUUGUCAAGAGCGGCAACAUUGAGGCCUCGUUCGUGUGUUUUCCCAUCAAAUGAUAUUGAACUAGGUAGAUAUUUCGAUCAACCAUUAUAAAGACAUCAUAAAUGUAAUGUUAUUUUUUUAUAUGCUCAUAUCACUUUGAGGGUGCUUUACAGGUACAAUUUAUCACCAGUUCAACAUUCAACACAAAUUGGUUAAGCAAUUCUGGCCGUUUAAACAAUGUGAUUUAAAAAUAUAAUAAUUUAUUAUAUGAAUUGUACAAUUUCCCGCUUGAGUCGAUUUCAUGUUGACAAAACCAUUUUAUCUAUUGAAUAUAUUGUGUCAUGUUUCCCUGAUAAUGGCAUGAAAUACUUAUAGCUUUUGACAUUCCGGAUGGGUCAGAGGAUCAAGGUGGAGAACAGCCGCCACAAAGAAGGCGUACUUUAUCGUUGGAUGAAAUCCACAAGAUUCAGGCGAAUCGGAAUCACGAUUAUGAUCUUGGUACGUACAUUCAAAUUAAAUAAGCACAAGACAAACCACCAUCCGAAGAUCAGCAUCUUGAAACUCAAGAUAUGAGUAACAAGAAGACGAGAAUGAGUUUGUGAUAUUUCGAUCUAAUUUUAAAUUCAUCAUCAGACUAAAGUUAUAGGCCGUGGGCCGUUGGCCAAAAUUAUUUCGCUUCGUGGCAACCCCCUGGGGAAUAGAAUUUCUGUGGUUCAAUGCAUAGUACCAUAGAUGCUCAAUUACCACAAAAAGUUCCCAAGCAAAAAACUUGCCAAACACCGAGAAAAUGGGUGAUCAGUGAUUAUCCUCUAUUAAAUUGUAUUACAGCAAGAAAAUGUGAAAUUUUGUAUUCAAUUACAACAAAAAUGACAUGCUUCAUCGGAAAGCUUAGAAAAACCGCACAUAAGACUUUUAAACAGUUUUUUGAUCCUUCAAAUAGUCUCGGAGUUACUGGGUACCAGGUCAAAAACGCGUUUUUGACAGCGUAUAACUCGAAAACAAUUAGAGAUAUAAAAAAAACUGUUUAAAUAUCUUAUAUGUAGAUUUUGUAAGCUUUCUGAUGAUGCAAGUCAUUUUUGUUGUAAUUGAAUACAAAAUUUCACAUUUUCUUGCUGUAAUACAAUUUAAUACAGGAUAAUCACUGAUCACCAAUUUUCUCGGUGUUUGGCACGUUUUCUGCUUGGGAACUUUUUGUGGUGAUUGAGCAUCUAUGGUACUAUACAUUGAACCACAGAAAAUCUAUUCCCCAAGGGGUUGCCACGAAAUUGCUUUUCUAAGCUCUUUUUCGCACAACGGCCCACGGCCUAUUACAAUAUAUACGCGAUCUUUUACACAAAUUGGUAUGGCAUGACGUAAUUACAAAGCAAUUUACAGGCAGUAUAAUCCCGACAACAAAGGUGUGGAGUGAAAGUGUGAUGACAUGUGGGUGUAUUGCAAAAUGAUUAUGAAAAGAAACAACAAGGAACUUGUGCACUUUUGAAUCAUAAUCCUUUUGCAAUACACCCACAGACCAUCACACGUUUCACCCCACACCUUUGUUGUCGUGAUUAUACUGCCUGUAAAUUCCUUUGUAAUUACGUCAUGCAAUACCAUUUUGUAUAAAAUAUCGCGUAUAUAUUGUAACUUCAGUUAGUCUGAUGAUGAUUUUGAAAUAAAAUCGAAAUAUCAGAACUCAUUCUCGUCUUGUUUUGACUCAUAUCUUGAGUUUCAAGAUGCCAAUCUUUGGAUAGUGUUUUGUCUCAUACUUUUGAAAUUGUCGGAUGGAUGGAUAAGUAGAUGGUCGACGGACGGACGGAUGCCGAUAGAUAAAUUGUGUUGGCAUGCACGAGAUGUCAUCGAGUUUUGCCCUUGCAGUCAGGGUUGCUGAGGUUUAGCUGCAAAUGAUCUCCUCGUAAUCUGAUUUUAUUUGAAUUUAUUUUGUUUAGUAGUAACGGAACAGCGAUACGACAAAAAUAAAUCAACCACACAUUCUCCGAAACUUUCCUCUCAAAGCACGACUAAAUCAGGUAUACCAACAACUUAUACUAGUGUUAUAUUGUUCUUUAUUGAUUACGCGAGGUAAUCGUUAUAUUUUAAAGUUCUAAUAUUGUUUUUCAUUGUUCUCUUCCUCCUUUUCUGCGUUCGUUGUUGUCUUUUCUGUGUUGUGUUGUGUUGUGUUGUGUUAUGUUGUGUUGUGUUGUGUUGUGUUGUGUUGUGUUGUGUUGUGUUGUGUUGUUUGAGUCAAUUCUGCUAAGCAAUUUUGCAUCCACUGUAUAGAGUUGUGCUGGGCACCUCCUCUUAUGCUAACUAUCCAGGGGAUCUCUGUUCAUGUGACUGAAAACUGGCAUCCUUUGCAAUUCAGUCAAUAGCUCUCAUGUGCAAGUACUUAUUUACCGUACUUACUUGCUCACGUACUAUGUUAAUAUUAAGUAUACUUUUUAUAAUUUAUUCUUUACUUUACUUUUUCAGGUCAUGACAAAAAAUCCAAAUUUAAACCUUUUAAACUGUUUUUUAACAGGUAACUAAAUAUUAGGUUGAAAUAUUAAAGUUUAACUGAGUUUGUUAUAUAAACACAGACCGUAUAAAGGGAAUGCAUUCUACACAAAUUCGUCUGAAAGUAUUUGUAAAGCGAGAAUGACAGUUGAUGAAAGUUGCAACUCUUGCUCGCGUUUGACUCCCAACUGUCAUCGAAUGUCACCAAUAUUUUCAAAUUUUGAUGAGAGUUGCAGAUGAGUAAUAUCCAGUCAACUCUCAUUAACUCCCAUGCAACUCUUGUUCUCGUUCGGCUGAGAAAAAGGGUAUAAGUAUUCAUUUCAUUAAAAGUAUUUUCCAGUUUGAAAUACUUGUAAAUGUUAGAACAGCCUAUAUAGGAUCCUUGGUGGUUUGGAAAGAGAGGAUGAGGAGUUGCUGCACCUUUAUUAAUUAGCAUAUACUCGGGAGGUGGAUAGUGCUUUUCAAGCAAUUUGAUUGGUUGCUCAGCUCCGGAUAUGCUUGCACUAUUCACCUCCGGACAAAAACAAAAUAGCGUAUUGUUUCGUUCUGGUUUAUACCAGCAGGGACCGGUUGUAUAAAAACGUCGUUAAUUUUAACUAUGAUUAGCGUUAAUCACUGUAGUUAACUAAUCAUUAACUAUGAUUAGUUAACUACACGACUUAAUUGCGUUGCACAAAACUUAGUUUGUCGGAUGAUUAACUAAUCACGUAGUUAACUUGCGUGGACCGGGCGUUUCUAAAUACAAAAUUACAUAAAGUAAGCAGCGAUUAACGACCGCUGACGAGCAUUUUUAACAUGAUUGUGGACUCGCGUUUUGCAAAUAGGCGGAAAUUUUAUUGAAAACAGUGAAAAAUAUACUAGAAAACAAGGAAAAAAUCAACGAAGAAGGCCAUUUUUACUUGAGAUGUCUACGUUAAACCAAAGUGUAACUGUUUGGCAAUUAUAUAUCAUGUUUCUUCAUGUAAUGGGCCCUACGUCGUCUUCGAGAAAUCUUCCCGUGCAAAAAUAUAUUUUGUUUUCGCCGAAAAACCAAAGUGAUAGCGUUUGAAAGGUUUAUAUUGGCAGAAAACAUACACAGGGAAAAUAGCGAUUGAAAAUCCCAGGUAAGCAUUACUUUUCAUUGUUGUUUUACUGAAAAAUGUUGUUCCCUCCUAUACAAGCGCCAUUUUUAACUACGUUUUGAGAAGUUAACGAUACCCUAAAGCAUCGUUAACUUUAACUACGUUUUAAUCUACCAUACGACAUCCUCCGGUACAUCCGAGAACUGGGAUCUAUAUAACCAUAUUCAAAGUAAUUUAGACGCAUUCCUUAGAAAUCACCCCGAUGCGCUGGUGUUAGUCACAGGUGAUUUUAACCCUACUAGCACUGGUUUCGAUGUUAACCGUGUUAAGAGGCUAACAGGUCUCUCGCAAAUAAUACGCGUGACCACCAGAGAUAACUCCGUCCUAGAUUGGUGUUUAACUAAUAUGAAAAAAACUAUUUUUGAACCACUUAAAUUGCCUCCUAUUGGCCGUAGUGACCAUAAUACCAUUCUUAUCAAAUCCUAUUUAAAUAAACCACUCAAUCAAGUGAAUAGUUCAGUGCUGAAAAGAGAUCUCAGGAACAGUAAUCUAAGACUGUUCGGUCAGUGGAUUUCCGCCUACGACUGGACCUAUGUCUUAUCCAUUCCCGAUUGCGAAGGAAAAUAUGCUAAAUUUGAUGAAUUAAUUAGCUCUGCAGUUAAUUACUUUUUCCCAAUUAAGAAAACCAAAAUCAGCAAGUCUGACAAGCAGUGGAUGACCCCUUCCUUGAAAGUUGCAAUAUCCAAACGUCAGAAGGCCUUUUGCAAAUACGGGAAGGCGUCGAAAGCCUAUAAAUUCUUGCGCAAGAAAGUCCAACAUGAUGUCAAAACUGCGCGUAGUAAGUAUUACUCGAAAUCAGUGGAAAAACUUAAAGAAGGUAAUCCAUCUAAGUGGUGGAGAGAAGUUAAGAGUUUAAGCGGUUUGACAUCUAGUGUCACAUGGUUCCACCAGUUAUAUUAACUGAUGAUAACCCUACCGCAACCCAUUUGGCCGAGUCGUUUAACGAGUUCUUGGUUAAUCUCACAUCUCAUUUUUCCCCACUUACACGUGAUACCAGUUCCAUCCAACUCGACAUACCCCAUCAGUUUCUUGUCAAUCCCGGCAUUGUCUCCGCAACCCAUCGACAAAUUAAGAUAAAUAAAUCCACGGGUCCGGACAGUAUUCCCAAUAAGCUGCUUAAAAUGUUCGCUACCGAAUUUGCUCCAGUUCUGACAUAUAUAACUCAUCCAUGCAACAAGGAAUUUUUCCUCAAUAACUAAAACGUGCUGUCGUUAUUCCAAUUCCGAAUGUGUCGCCUCCAUCAUCCCUUGAGAACGACCUAAGGCCCAUCUCACUGACAUCUCAAGUGUCAAAAGUCAUGGAAGGGUUUACUUUAAAAUCUCUGUUAUUGCAAGUUGCUGACAAAAUGGAUUCAAUGCAGUUUUCCCUCCCAAGCAAAUCUACAACCCAUGCCUUGGUUUAUCUGUUACAUUCCAUUCUUGCAGCUCUCGAGUCAGGUCAAUGCUUUGUUAGAAUAUUCUUCAGAUACUUUAGAAAAGGCUUUGAUCUGGUCGACCACAGCAUUAUAAUCGACGAACUAAAAACGACUUGAUGUCCACCGUUCCACCAUCGUUCGUAGGAUUUAUGAUUUCCUUACGGAUCGCGAACAAUGCGUAAAAUUUGAUGAUUACUAUUCUUCAUGGAAGAAAACUAAUGGUGGCCUACCUCAAGUUACCAAACUUGGACCUCUUCUGUUUGCAAUUCUUGUCAACCAGCUAUUAAACAAUUGGCACGGUUGUAUUAAAUUUGUUGAUGAUUCAACGGCCUUUGAAAUCAUUCCGCGGGGUUCCCCUAGUUUACUACCCAUAGUGAUAAAUGAAAUCUCCCAGUUUGCUUCAAAAAGAGGAAUGGAGCUCAAUCCCAAGAAAUGUAAGGAAAUGAUCAUUACUUUCUUGAAAUACAACCACACUUGUUUUAGUCCUAUUUACAUCUCAGGAGUUUCCGUCGAAUUAGUAUCCUCAUUUAAACUACUUGGUGUCCACUUGUCUAACGAUCUUAGGUGGAAUUCACAUGCCGAUUAUAUAAUGAAAAAGGCAAAUUCACGAUCAUAUUCCCUCCGCAAGUUACGUAAAGCUGAUCUGAAGCAAUCUGAUUUGGCAACAGUUUAUUGCUCCUUUAUACGUUCACUUUUGGAAUACGCGACACCGUCGUGGGCUACGUUGUCAUCCACGUUGUCGAAUGAAAUUGAGUCCAUUCAACGUCGUGCUCUUAAAAUCAUCUAUCCUGACUUGUCAUAUGCCGAUGCGCUGGAUACUACCGGAUUUGAUACAUUAAUUGAUCGCAGAGGCGAUGCCUGCAAGUCGUUCGUUCAGAAAUUAAAGGAUCACAAGUCAACCUUCCGCAACCCGCUGGUAAAUAUUCUUAAAGAAACACCGUACGAACCCGUCCAUAACUAUUGCCUGCGAAACAGCAAUCCUCCUGCACCGCUUAUAUUUACUGAACGGUUUCGCAACUUUGUUACAAUUAAGUAUAAUUCGUAA